GCCAGGUUCCCCCAGUCGAGGGCCCGGUGAGCGGCGGCGGCGGCCGGACCGAGAGUAGUUACCAAGAGCCUGCAAGUUCCUGUCUUUUUUCAUUCCUGAUUCUCCCCAUUGGCCUAAGCUGGGCAUGGGGCGCCCAGUGAUGCUGACUUUAGAGGACAAGGACAUGAAGGGAUUCACCUGGGCCACGGCCCCUGCCUUGACCUCCCUGGGCUACCUGCUCAUCUUGCUGGCCUCCAUCUUUCCCUUCUGGGUGCGUCUCGUGAACGAGGAGUCCCAGGAAGUGUUUUUCAGUGGCCUGUUCGAGAACUGCUUCCAUAUCAAGUGCUGGAAGCCUCGACCCUUAUCCGUUUACAUCAUCCUCGGCCGCGUUUUCCUGCUGUCUGCGGUCGUCUUGUCUUUCCUCACCACCUUCAUCAUGGUGUCCUUUGCAUCUCAGCUCUUCCCAAGGACCCGGAAGCACAAUUUUGUGUCGGCCUCCGUCAGCUUCCUCACAGGGGCCUGUGCCUUCCUGGCCUUGUUGCUGCAUGCGUUGGAGAUCCAGAACCUGAGGAUGAAGCCCAGCCCCCCGCAGUUCUCCGUGCAGUGGCCUUACUACGUCAUGGGCUUUAGCAUCCUCCUGUUCAUAGUGGCCGGUGCCAUCUGCCUCGUUCAAGAAACAGCCUGCCUUCGCUGCCGUUUGUUGCCCAUUUCCCAGAAUUUUGAGGAGACCCAAGGGAUCUCGCACCUGGAAAACCUGGAGAGUCUGGGAGGAGAACUGAGCACAAUACAAAAGGAGACACUGCUGAAGGAAGAAACAAUGAUCUAGCCCAGGCUAGGCUGCGCUCUGCGCUCCGUCGGGCCGUGCGCGCGCCCGCGGGCCGGCGUAGGUGGCCCCCGCCUCGGCCAGCCUCCGCACUUCUGAUGAGGCUCUUGGGUGUCAGGAUCGGCCCUCCACGCCCCUGCUCACGGGGACUCUAUCUUGCUUGUGUUUGAAAUUUGUUAAAAGUUUUUUUAAUUCUU